AUGAGACAUCACCAACUUCCUGAAAUCGAGACGGAGGUCGGUCCAAGCAGGGCGUACUCCAAUGCAGGUUAUGUUCUCACUGUUGCAGGAGAAAAGUCACACGAGAAGGAGUUAAAGAAUAAACUUGCAGCUUUCCCAGGCGUCUACAAGUACCUGACCGAUAAUUGGUUAUCCCCGUACCGAGAGCAGUUUGUGUCCUGUUGGGUCGAUGAACACCUCAACUACCAAAACCACACCACAAACAGAGUGGAGGCCGAGCACCACCUACUGAAGGAAGAAUUGAGGGGGAAAUGCACAUUUACUAGAAUCCUGCAAUGUGUUGAUUCUGUCCUAAUCGGUCAAGAGACAGAAAUAAGGGGCCAACCGGGGUACAACAACGGGAUCCGGAAGGGGAGUCAUAAUUACAACUGUAUGAAGGACCUGUUGGGAAAGGUUUCACAUAAAGCUUUGGACAUCAUGGCUGAUGAAAUCGUACGCUUAGACAAAGUCCUUAAAAGACAUGUAAAAAAUGCGGGUGCAAGGUUCAGUCAAGUUGCGGGCUACCAUGUGCCUGCAAGAUUGCCGAGUAUAUGCAGCGCGGUGCUGGAUCUCAACAAAAACCCACCUGGGCUUCGAAAAUCCAAGUCCAGUCGACCGAGGGAAUACAAGGUGCCAGAUUUGAACAAACCCCCACUUGCGCAGCCUGCCAGACAAAGUGAGUACGCCCCAACGACAUCACGGUUUGACAACACACAUGAUUAUUUUGAUGACCAAAAGGGUGCGCGACACAGUCUUGAUGAUAUAUAUACAUUCGGGGAGCCGUCCCAAUCAUACGGGGUCGGGGAAACACCAUAUGUGACACAAAAAUUAUAUGGCUUCGGGGAAACGUCCCAAGCCCAUUGGCUCAACUAUGACCAACCAUAUUCCAACUUAGUUGAUGACUUCUUCGGGGCACCACCGACACAACCUAACUUUGCACCCACAUAUGAAACAACGCAGGAGCAAGUGUCAGAUCCAGAGUCAGAGGCACAGUCCUCGGCCAGUUGGGUUGGGUAUGUUGCGGAACCGUAUAACGCUAGUCUUUCCAAAAAUUACGAUUGGGUAAUAGAUGAGAUACCAUCGUACUUAAGGCCGUACGUUGUAGGCGCACAGAAUGUCAAAGGAGAUGGUAAUUGUGGAUUUCGAGCUACCGCUGUUGCUUUGGGGCUAGAUGAGGAGAUGGGUGCAAAGUGGGUUCGUACGCAGAUGCUCGCGGAGUAUGAAUCUGACCUCGAUGGGUAUAUGCAAAUGUUUGGGCAAACAGAGGGCAGCCGCAUGUUGUCGGCGCUGCAAACAUCUUAUUAUGGAAGAAGCUGGCCCAGAGAUCAUUGGAUGAGUAAAGUGUGGUUCCAUAUCCUCCUGGCCAAUAAGCUGGGUAUAAUAGUCAACUGCGUAAGCCUACGUGACUCACGCACAGUAUUCCCGAUGCAUCACGGCUUGGAUCAACUGUUAUUCCAGCAACCGAUAAGUAUUGCUCUCAUAAAUGGCGAAACCCAUUUUGUUGCAGUGAAAUUAGCAGGUGACUACCCAAUGGCUUACAAGAAUCCAGAGUGGGAUUUCCACGCAACCGGUCCUGCACGUCGACUAGCAUCAAUGUUCGCGAAUCAAGAACAAGCGUAUCAAAAUUGGAUGUAUGCAAACAUACCAAGAGUACCACCAGGGCCUCCUAUUGUAAUAAAUGAUUAA